GGUGGAGCUCCGGCUCUGCUUGCAGCUCAGUGACAGCAGAGGCCUAGAGGAGCAGCUGCCGCUCGGGCUCGAGGUCCCCAGUUUCGCCUGCCGACGAUGGAGGAGGCCGACCCCGGAGCGGCCAACGUGCCCCUGUUCCAGCAGGAAAGCGUGGGAGGGGUGACCUACCGGAUCCCGGCCCUGCUGUACAUCCCACCCUCCCGCACGCUGCUGGCCUUCGCCGAGAAACGCUCCUCCGCCAAGGACGAAGACGCCCUGCACCUGGUGCUCAGACGCGGACUGCGGGACGGACUCUCCGUCCAGUGGGGCCCCGCGGAGCCGUUGACGACGGCCCGGCUGCCCGGCUACCGCACGAUGAACCCGUGCCCCGUGCGGGAGUGGAAGAGCGGCGAGCUGUUCCUCUUCUUCCUGUGCGUGCGGGACCACGUCAGCGAGCGGCGGCAGAUCCUGUCGGGCCGCAGCGCCGCCCGCAUCUGCCUCGUGUCCAGCUCGGACGACGGGCGCCACUGGGGGCCGCCGACGGACGUGACCCGGGAGGCCCUGGGCCCGGACUCCCGGCGCUGGGCCACCUUCGCCGUGGGGCCGGGCCACGGGGUGCAGCUGCAGGACGGGCGGCUGGUGGUGCCGGCCUACGCCUACGGCCGACGGCCCCGCUGCCCCUGCCUGCCCCUGCCCCUGCCCCCGGCCCCGCCCUGCCGCCCCCGGCCCCACGCCUUCGUGCUCUACAGCAUCGACCUGGGCGCCACGUGGCGUCACGGGGCCCCCGUCCUGGCGGCGGACACGGGCGAGUGCGAGGUGGCGGAGGUGGCGGCCGGGGGGACGUCCGGCGGGCCCGUCGUGCUCUACUGCAACGCCCGCACGGGCGCCGGGUGGCGGGCGGAGGCGUUCAGCCCCGACGGCGGGGAGCGCUUCCGCCCGCCGGUCCUGUCCCGCCAGCUGCGGGAGCCCCCGCGGGGCUGCCAGGGCAGCGUGGUCAGCUUCCACCCCGGGCCGGCGGACGGGGCGGCCGACGGGGCGGCGGCCGCGGCGACGCCGAGGCCCCCCGGGGGGACCUGGCUCGUCUUCUCCCACCCGACGGGCCGGAAGCGGAGGGUGGACCUGGGCGUCCGCCUCAACCGCGCCCCGCUGGAGGCCGGGCCCUGGUCCCGCCCCUGGGUCCUCCACCGGGGGCCCAGCGGCUACUCGGACCUGGCCGUCCUGGAGGACGGGGCCGGGGAGGAGGGAGGGGUCUUCGGCUGCCUGUUCGAGCGCGGGGUCAAGCGGGAGUGCGAGCAGAUCGCCUUCCGGCUCUUCACCGGCCGGCAGCUCCUGGACCGCGUCCGGCCCGAAGAAGACUAGACGGGAGCCCGGCCGG